UUGUUGGUUUGGCGCAUCAGCAUUAGUUCUCCACCCUCCAUGCAAAGAUGCACCUGGCAGCAGAUGUGGACAAGGUCUUUGAUGUCAUCUUGAAGGCAGUCCAGAAGGGCCAUGAGGUGUUGGCCAAUUCAGCUCAAGAAGGAGGGGACCGCUUGAGCCAGUACGAAGCCAAGCUUGCGGAGCAGAAGGCCCUGAUUGAGCAGCUCUCGGCAGAGGCCUCGCGGCGCCAACACCAGCAUGAGGAGCAGGUGCAGCAACUGCAAAUCCUGGCAGAUGAAAAGAGGGAUCUGGCGGACACCGUGAAACGUCUCAACGAAGAGGUGGCAGGUUUGAGGCAGCAAGUCUCCGCGCUUCAAGAGCAUCUCGACAGAUCGCAGAAUGCCCUCCUGGACCAAGCGGCUACAAAGGUGACCCAGGAGGCUCCUGCGGCACCUCAGGAACCGCAGUCCUCCUCGCGCAGCUCCUCCCCAACCUCGGUAACGGAGCCCGGGGCCGCGGGUGCGCCUGCCGAGGAGCCUCCUGAGCCCAGCGAGGCUCCGGCCGUGGAAAAGGAGGCGCCGCCGGUUCCGACAAGGAGCUCCCGCAGCCAAAGCCGCCCGCUGGUUCGCAGGGAACGUCUGCGUAGCAUGUCCCCAGGCGAACUGCAUCAAAGGUCCAGAAAGGUCAUAAAGCGUGCAGACUCUCGGCAGCCGUUGGCGCGGCAUCAAGAGGAAAGGCGGCGAGAGCGAUCUGCCAGGUCGGAGGAGCGCGACAGGCUAGUCCGGGAAGAACGGCAAAGAUCCCGGCAUCAGGCUGCUCGAGGACAACCUCGCAGCCCGCGCAUCAAUCGCACCAAGGCGUGUAUUCCCUGGUGUGCCAAGAUUUGUGCCAAGGGAGAUCACUGCCCUCUUUGGCACCCAGUGCCUGAAGAAGCGGCGCAAAUCUUGGAGCGUGUGCAGCGGACGCCCUGUCGUGAUGGCAAGGAUUGCCAACGCACCCGCUGCCAUUUCCUGCACCCAGGCCAGCAAGGUGAUCGCCAGCGGAAGUCGGCCAAAGACCGCAGAUGACGCAGCGAGGGUGCUAGGGCACAGCGGUGAUCUGAGCAA